AUGAGAAAUACGCGCAACGAGACACCGUUGCAGGUCGCUAGCGCAAACGGCCAUGGCAGCGUUGUUCGGGUGUUGCUCAAUAAGAACGUCGAUAUUGAGUCAACGGACGCUUCCGACUCAACGCCACUUCUCCGGGCCGCUGCGAACGGACAUGCAAGUGUUGUCGGGAUUUUGCUCGAAAAAGGCGCCAGUGUCGAGUCAACAGACGCUUCCAACUUAACGCCACUUCUCCGGGCCGCUACGAACGGACAUGCAAGUGUUGUCGAGAUUUUGCUCGAAAAAGGCGCCAAUGCCUUUCACGAUUACACGCCACUAUGCUCUGCCGUUGAGCAAGGAAGUGAGGCAAUCAUCAAUAUGCUGCUCUCUAGCGGGGAAUCCACAGAGACGCAAGCUGGUAAAAGAACUCCGCUGUCGUUAGCUGCUGAACAUGGUCAUACAAGAUCCAUGGCACUGCUGAUUAGCCACGUGGUCAAUAUCGAUCGGAAAGAAGAGAAUGGCAUGACACCGUUGACGUUUGCUGCAAAACAGGGCCACGUCGGCGCCAUCAAGCUGUUACUCGACAAAGGAGCUGAUGUCUCAUCAAGAGCUGCCACGGCUAAGGCGGCACUCCACUUUUCAGUUGAGGGCGGGCAUACAGCUGUCACAGUUGCUCUGGUGAAGGGUGGUGCGGACAUUGAGGCAAAGGACUACCGUUUAUACACUGCAUUAACUUUAGCUGCACGCUCUGGGGACACGGUAGUGGUGUAG